AUGGAGAGUAUGUCUGAACCGGUCAUCAACAUCGAUUGUGCUCUUCCUCAAAGUCAUAUCGAGUGGACCCAGCAAUCAACUCACUGGAACGAGCCGAGCGCCGAUGAUCAGGCGAUGUUGGCUGCUGUUGUUGCUACCGAGGAAUCGAUGGAGGAGUCUACCAAUUCUGUCGAGUAUGGCUUGCAGUCCCUCAAAAUCCGACGACUAAAGGAGUAUUGCCAGCCAGUCUACGUCCCUCCCAUGGCCAAGGCCAACCUCCAAGGUCACGAUAAUAUCUUCUUUUCCCUUAUGGACAAGGCUCGGAAAUUCUUGGCGAGCAACCGCCAGGUCAUGUUGAUACUUGGCGACUCAGGAGCAGGAAAGUCAACAUUCAACCGGCACCUGGAACACUACCUUUGGACCAACUACAAAAACGGUGACCCCGUCCCACUUUUCAUCAACUUGCCGACUAUCCGAAAGCCUCAGGACGACAUGAUCGCGAAGCAGUUGUGCAUCCACGGCUUUACUGACGACCAGAUCAUGGAGAUGAAGCGAUACCGCGAGUUCAUUCUCAUAUGCGACGGAUACGAUGAAAGUCAACUUGUCGUCAAUCUUCACAAAACAAAUCGACUAAACCAGCUGGAUGAGUGGCGUUCCAAAAUGAUCAUUUUGUGCCGGACCCAUUUCUUAGGUGCUGUUUACCGUGAUCGUUUCGUGCCUCAGCCUGUGGACCAUUACCGACCUAGUCGACCUGAUCUCUUCCAGGAAGCAGUAAUCGCAUCCUUUUCCAAGGAACAGGUCCACGCCUAUGUUGCCUGUUAUGUACCGCUGGAGCCACGACCAUGGGUCGCCGCAGACUACAUGCGCAUGCUUACCACAAUCCCCAACCUCAUGGACCUGGUCAAGAACCCCUUCCUAUUGACGCUAGCGUUGGACGCCUUGCCAGGUGUUAUCAAGGACCGGCAGGAACUGUCGGCCAUAAAAAUCACUCGCGUCCAGCUCUACGAUUAUUUCGUUGACCAAUGGCUCGGUGUCAACAUGCGACGGCUCCAAAACAGCGUCUUGGGCAAGAACGAUCAGGAGGUACUGGCGGAAUUAGUCGAGGUGGGCUUUAUCUCAUUGGGUAUCGACUAUGCAAUAAGACUUGCUCGGGCUAUCUUUGACAAACAGGACGGAAACCCAGUGGUCCAGUAUGUCCAUUUCAGUGACAAGGAUUCGUGGAGGGCAGAGCUCUUUGGACCGCAGCCAGAGGCUCGACUCCUUCGCGAUUCCAGUCCACUGAUGCGCACCGGCACUCAGUACCGAUUCGUUCACCGAUCUAUGCUGGAGUACUUUUUCUCGCGUGCCAUGUAUAAUCCUGCCACUCCUGGAAGUCACAAUGAGCUUUCUCCUCCGCCCGACAAGAGUUCCCCUCAUGUCAGGUUGUUCGACGCCGAAGGCCCGCUGUUCAAGUAG